GUUUGUUUAUGUUUUGGAAAAAUCGUUUUUUGGAGAAAAUUGUGCCGGAAAAUCCAUUGAAUCGGGAAAAUGUGGUCGAGUUUCGAGUUGUAUUUCGAUGACGAUGAGGAUGAGGAUGAUGAGGAUGAUGAGGAAGAUGAGGAAGAUGAGGAAGUAGAGGAGGAUGUGAAGGAUGUGGAGGACGAGAAGAAAUCGCUGCCGGAAAAUAAAAAAUCCAUUUUUACGCGCAGAAAUCUUCGUUACGCGUCGGACCCGCUUUCGCUUCCGGAAGAGGAUUUUCAGAAAUGGGUUGGCCUGAACAAGGAAAUCGUCCUGUAUUUAGUGGAUUCUUUAAAACCGGAAUUUAAAAUGACUUACCGAUGUACGGCAACUCCGCUCAUUCUGAAAAUCUGCGCCUCUCUUCGGUUCCUUACUACCGGUAAUUACCAGCAAGGCGUCGGAAAUGAUACAUAUUUCGGUCUAUGCCAGUCCGCGGUCUCCACUUAUCUUACCGAGUUUCUGGAGGCUGCGGAGAAGAAAAUUUGCCCCGAUUGGAUCAAAGCGGGAAUGACCGAAGCGGAAAAGCAAAACGCAAGGACACACUUUUACCGCGAAUCGGAGCUACCCGGUAUCAUUCAAGCGAUUGAUUGCACACACAUAAAAAUAGUCAAUCCCGGAAAGGACCCGAAACGUGUUUAUCGCAACAAGAAGGGAUUCUACAGCUUGAACGUACUGCUGGCGUGCGAUCACGAGUUAGUUUUCCGAUCUGUCGAAGCCAAAUACCCUGGGGCUUAUCAAGAUGGGUUCAUUUGGAAUAUCUCUGCACUGCGGCAAAAGAUGUACGAGGAUUACGAACGUGGCGAAAGACCGCGCCUAGUUGGAGAUGCUGCGUUUCCCCAGGACUACAUAUUAUUUACACCUUACAGAAAUGCCGUUCCCGGCAGUCGUGAAGAACUUUACAACCAAAAACACAAGCAAGCUAAAAGCAUUAUUGAUAGAGCGAUUGCCUUGCUGAAAACUCGUUUUCGAUGUUUGCUCGGUACCAAGGAGUUAUUCUACGUCCCAAAAAAGGCAGCAACUAUCGUGAACGUUUGCGUUGCUCUUCACAACAUAUGCCGAGCACACAAAAUAGCAGAUCCACCGAUUGAGCCUAUUGAAACGGACCCUCCGGAAAACUUCUAUGAUGGCAGCGAGGAUGUCAGUGCAACACGUAUUAGGGACUCCAUUAGGGAAUCAUUGCUGUAGGUACGAACUAUUACUUAAAAGAUGUAAUGUGUUUUCCUUCUUUAAAAAUUAUGUAUUCGUUAAGAGCAGUAAAUACGACGCUGAUUGGCACAUGAUCGCCGAGGUUGAUCUCGCAAUUGUGCCCACGGCAAGGCUGUAGUAGACCAGAUUUGGUACUGAAAUAAAAUGAAGCGAUCAGCGAAUCUGUGGUAAUACGGUGUACGAACAAAUGAAUGCAGGAGGUGUGAACGUGCUUACCGAUGCUGCAACGAUUACUACUGAAGAUAGUGUGCACCGCUUAGUUAACGGAACCGCACAGUCACUGGAUGAGAAGAAGGGUCAGCUGCAUCAUCCUCAGGAGGACACGAUCGCGGCUGAUAUGUUAUGAUGUAAAGCGAAAUGGUAUCAGCGCUGUUAAAGAGAAACACUGCAUUUACAGAAAAAAUACGAUGGAAAAUAGCUUUUCACGAUUGCAUAGAUUCUCACCAGAUUAAGAUAACAUUAGUGAAGCUUUUUAUACUAGAAGCUGCGUGACCCCAAUUUGUGGUGAGGCUUAUAGCUUAUGGCAAAUAAACUAUUCUACUCUUAUGCCUGUUCUA